ACCAGCGGCGCGUUCCCGACAGUAGAGAGGGCGCGCCCGUAGACGUUGCUGCUCAGGCUUCAAGAUGGCGGAAGCCCUGACAAAUCAAGAGGCGGCAGUGGAGGAGUUCCUGGCUGAGCUGAGGUGUCGGGAACAGUCUCAAAAUGCAGAUCUCGUCAGUCAGAUGACAGCGGUUAAGUUCCUCAUGGCAAGAAAGUUUGAUGUCUCUAGAGCCAUAGAUCUUUUUCAAGCUUAUAAGAACACCAGAAUAAAGGAAGGCAUUUACAAUAUUAACCCCAAUGAGGAGCCUUUAAGGAGCGAGUUACUCAGUGGGAAAUUCACAGUUCUGCCCGGUCGUGAUGCGAAAGGUGCAGCUUUGGCUCUUUUUACAGCACGUCUCCAUCAGCCAGACCGCACUACCCAUAAAGCUGUUCUUCAGGCCAUUAUAUAUCAGCUGGAUAAGGCUAUUGAGAGUGUUCAGACUCAGAGGGACGGGCUCAUUUUCAUCUAUGACAUGACUAACUCCACAUAUGCCAACUUUGACUAUGAGCUUUGCGUCAAGAUUUUGAAUCUGCUUAAAGGGGCUUUCCCUGCUCGUCUGAAAUGCGUCUUCAUUGUGUCGUCUCCGCUGUGGUUCAGAGCACCGUUUGCGGUACUCCGUCUGUUUGUGAGAGAGAAACUGAGAGAGAGGGUAUGCACUGUAAAAGCCCAUGAACUGGUCAAUCACAUCCCAGUCAGCUCCCUUCCAGAACAUUUGGGUGGCUCAUCACAGUAUAGCCACAUUGCCUGGAUUCAAUCCUGCGUCAACUCCAGCCCCAAUCACCCCAAUAACUCUGCAUACGUCACUGGGGAUUGCUUGGGGAGUCUGCUCUGCUCCUACUCCAUGGAGCACGACCAGAACACCUCUGCUGACCCCUUAACUGCCAAAACGUCAGGGGCCACCUUCCUGGGGGACGGCCUGAACUCAAACUGCCCCAUUUUGGACGAAAACAAUGCCAAUGUGCCGAACCACAGAAUGACAGGCCAUGCGCAUUGGAACGGCUCUGCACUGCCAAGUUUAGGGUCGAAUGCCAAUGUCUUAAAUGGGCGUGGCCGUCAACCGCCCCCACAAUCAGACACCCCCCCAGACACGCCCCUGCACCAAAAACACACAGCAGGAGGUGGGAUUUUAGGUGUAGGAGGAGCGUGUUUAGAUGCCAGUCGGCAGGAUGGCAAUGGUGCUGAGGAGAGUCAACAGGAUGUGGAGUUACUAGAAGACGAAAUGGGUGAAGGAGAUGGAGUUCCACCUCUCCCACUGAAAUCAAGGCCACCACCCUUAAAUCACAGCCCCACCCCAGAUAUGAGCUGGCUACCAGGAACGCUGACGGAAACAACCAUGUUGUCAGUUCAUGUCGCUGAGCCUGGAGGAAUGAGUGUGCAGGAUCUGGUGCAGCACGUCAAGCGCAAAAAGAAGAAGGGCAUUUAUCAGGAGUACGAGGAGAUCCGCAAAGAGCCUCCUGCUGGAACCUUUGAUUAUUCAAAGAAAGCGUCUAACCAGAUAAAGAAUCGCUACAGUGAUGUGCUUUGCCUUGAUCAAUCUCGUGUUCACCUAUGUCCGCUCAAUGAUGAGGAUGAUGAGACAUCUGACUAUAUCAAUGCUAGUUUCAUGGAUGGUUACAAGUGGAGUAAUGCUUACAUAGCUACUCAGGGGCCUUUGCCAAAAACAUUUGGAGACUUUUGGCGGAUGGUGUGGGAGCAAAUGGUUUUAAUCAUUGUUAUGACUACAAGAGUUGUAGAGCGAGGCAGAGUAAAAUGUGGGCAGUACUGGCCAUUAGAGGCUGGUCGCACUGAGGAGUAUGGGUACUUUUUGGUGAGAAAUGUCCAUAUUGAGGUGUUUCAGGACUUCAAGCUAUCACACCUGGAGCUGUUCAACACUCAGACAGGGGAAUGUAGGGAAGUGUCUCAUUAUCUCUACAUGAGCUGGCCAGAUUUUGGUGUUCCGAAAUCAGCAUCGGCCAUGUUGGAUUUCCGGGCACACGUGAAACAUAGACAGGAGUCCUCAUUACGAACACUGUAUCCAGAUUGGACGGGACCCCCAGGAGGCCCCCCAGUGGUGGUGCAUUGCAGUGCAGGCAUCGGCCGAACAGGCACGUUUUGUACUUUAGACAUUUGUCUCUCUCGUCUGGAGGACAUCGGGACAGUGGACAUUAAGCAGACGGUGCGUCGCAUGCGGACACAGCGUGCCUUCAGCAUCCAAACAUGGGACCAGUACUAUUUCUGUUAUAAAGCGGUGAUCGAGUAUGGCCAGCAAAGCGGUCUGCUGCAACCAGUGGAGUGGUCCGACACAGAGCUGGAGACUGACAGCGAGUGAAUCAGGAAUAACAGGACUCAACGGCACGGAAGGAAAACAAGCCGUCUUUUCCCCUCUCCAGGCUACAGGUAGACUCCACCGUCACCUCUUUUCUCCAGAGGAACAUGCGGAGAUACUGAAAGAGGAGCGGAGGAUGCUUUUAUCCUGCCACUUUUAAAGCCCUUUUAUUUUACUCAGAUCUGAACCAGAUCCAAGACUGUGGCUUUGUGUACGAGUUGUAGCAUUUUAUUUUCGUUUCGUUUGUUUGUUUUACUUUUUUAUAUAAAUGUGU